AUGUCUGGUGAGUCCGUAGAAUCUGUAGAUGAAAGUCUUGGCUCACAAGGAAGUAACUUGGAGACAAUUAGAAUGCGCUUAUCAUUGGCUCUUUCAAGCAAAGAGAAUUUCUUAAUGAGUGCCAAGUCAUCUUUUGAACAAUUUGACGAAGGUCAAAAAGGUAAAUUAAGCAUGGAAGAGACUAAAAGAUUGCUGGAACGCUUGUCAGUGAAUUUGGAACUCCCUCCAGUUGAUAACAACAUGCUAACAAAUAUAUUUAAUAAAUAUGAUGAAAAUUUAACGGGAUUUUUAACUUUCGAGGAAUUUUCAAGAUUUUUUUGGCAUCUGUUAUGCAGUAUAAGAGAUAAGUACUAUCCUGAAAAAUCCAUUUUAGUUACAAGGGAUCAAUUUAUAAGGCGGACCUCAUUAAGAAAAGCUGAUGAUAUUAGAAGUAUAUUUGAUUUUGUGGAAAAAAUAGGUGAAGGAUCUUUUGGACAGGUAUUUUUCGUUAGAGAAAAGUGCAGUAAUCUGAGUAGAGUUUGUAAAAUGAUUGAUAAAUCUCUUUCAAAUGUCUCUGUUGACCAAAUUGAAGCUGAAGUUGCUGUAUUAAAGAACUUAGAUCAUCCAAAUAUUAUUAGAAUUUUUGAAGUAUAUGAAGAUACAGACCAUAUGUAUAUUAUAAUGGAAAAGUGUGCAGGAGGAGAAUUAUUUGAAAGAAUUCAUGAAGCGGUAGAUAAAGGUUUUAGGUUAAAUGAAAAAUAUGUAUCACAUGUAAUGCGUCAAAUCAUGGCAGCCUUAGCCUAUUUUCAUUCAAGAAAGAUUGUCCAUAAGGAUUUAAAACCUGAAAAUAUAUUGAUGCAGGAGAAAUUUCACCAUUCAGCGAUAAAAAUUAUUGACUUCGGAUUGGCAGAGAUAUUUAAGACUGUAAAUGAACACAGUAGUCAUGCAGCUGGAACAGUAUUAUAUAUGGCCCCUGAAGUUUUUAUGCGUGACAUAACUAUGGAAUGUGAUGUAUGGAGUGCUGGUGUCAUAAUGUAUUUUCUUUUGGCAGGAACUUUACCAUUUUCUGGGAAGUCUGUUAAGGAAGUGAAAAAUAAGGUACUCAAUAGUGAACCUGACUAUGAACAUGAAUGUGUACAUAUAUCAGCUGAGGGAAUUGACUUAAUGAAGUUGAUGUUCCAAAAGGAUCCAAAAAAGCGUCCUAAAGCAGCAGCUAUAUUGGCACAUCCUUGGUUUAAAUUAGCUAAAACAAAUGUACAGCCUAUUAGAAUGAGUACACGUCUUUUACAAAACUUGAAACUUUAUAUGAAACAGAAUCAGCUUAAACAAGCCUUAGUAAAUAUGAUGGCUCAUCAAUUAAAUGUUACAGGAUCUCAAAUUAGAAAUAUUACACAUGUAUUUAAAGAGUUAGACCAAGAUGGCAAUGGAAUCUUAACCCCAGAAGAAUUGAUAGAUGGCUUACAGAGUGUGGGAAUUCCUCAAUGGGACAUUAAUAGAAUUGUCCAAGCUAUGGAUGCAGACGAUACAGGUUCUAUAAGUUAUACUGAAUUCCUUGCAGCUUGUUAUGAGUGGCGGGAUACUGAAUUGGGUGUUAUUAGAGCUGCUUUUAAUAAAAUGGAUAUUGACGGAGAUGGGAAGCUAACAGUUGAUGAAUUUGAAAAGGUCCUUUGUAGUGGAAAACAGAAAUUAUUAAAUCAUAGAGACUGGGAUCAAAUUAUUAAGUCAGCAGACACUAAUAGAGAUGGAGUUAUAGACUGGAAUGAGUUCCUUGAAUAUAUGCUUAAAUAA